UAUAACAAACCCUAACUGUAUAACAACGAUCCUCAUUAUAUGGUAGUACCUCUCCCAUUGCAGCUCAGCUCAACGAACUCCAAUCAAAAUCAACCAACCAAUCAUGCCAGGCGUUGUUGUUGAAGAAAAUAUCGAGACUCAGCAGAAACUCGAGCAGCAAGAAGAUGAACAGCCAAUAAUUGAGGAUGUUAAAGAAGAUGAUGACGUCGAUUCUGACGAUGAUGAAGAUGACACUGAUAACGCUGUCUCUGGAGCUGGGAAUGAGAGUUCUAAGCAGAGUAGGAGUGAGAAGAAGAGUCGUAAGGCAAUGUUGAAGCUUGGAAUGAAGCAGAUUACUGGUGUAUCUAAAGUGGCUAUUAAGAAAUCCAAAAACAUGAUGUUUUACAUCACCAAACCAGAUGUUUUCAAAAGCCCGAAUUCGGAUACUUAUGUGAUAUUUGGGGAAGCAAAGAUGGAUGAUCUUAGCUCACAAAUGCAAGCUCAAGCUGCUCAACAGUUUAAAUUGCCGGAUUUGAGCUCAGUUAUGGGCAAAUCAGAUGCUUCUGCUGUGGCUGCUGCAGAGGUGGAGGAAGAAGAGGACGUUGAUGAAACUGGUGUUGAACAGAGAGACAUUGAGUUGGUUAUGACCCAGGCGGGUGUCUCAAAGCCAAAGGCGGUCAAGGCUUUGAAGGCUCACAAUGGGGAUAUAGUUGCUGCCAUCAUGGAGCUCACCACUUAGGAUCUUUCUCUGUCAAAUGCGAGUUUUAGAUUUCAUUUUUGACUUUAAUUUUGUUGUUGGUUAAACUUAUUUGGAGAAUUGUCAAGUAUUUAGUUACAGUUGGACAAUAAUUGUUUUCAAAUGUGAAUGGUUAUCAUUCUCUUAGUGUUUGAUUUCUUUUUCUAGGCA